CUUUAAUCAAAUAGGAACUCCGGUUGAAAACGAAAGUAAUCGGUUUAUACCAAAUAUAAAGACAAAGUAUAUACUAAAUUGAAUAGUUACUCGUCAUCAGCAACCAGGUAGACCAUGAGUUCAGACCAAAAUUAUAGCGAAGUAGGAACAAGUAAUACCAUUAAACCUAGUUUUCGUCAAAGGCAUUCAAGAGCCAUACCAUUAUUUAUAGCAGUGUUUAUCGUGGUUGUGGUUGUGGUAGUGGCAGUGGCAGUUACACAAACAACCAAUAAUUCAACACCACCACCAACACGUUCUAAUUUUAGUGGAGAAAACGAACCAGAAGUUGUCGUCGAGACCAGUAACAUUAAAAAAGAUUAUUCAACUCCAAAUAAAUGCCUCUACUAUACACCGGAAGACUCUGUGACGGAAAUGAAAAAUGACCCAUUUGCAGGAUUCUGUGAAAUAGGAUCAGAAUAUGUUAACAAGACCUGUAACAUUGAUAAACUUGAAUCAAGCAGCCAUUUGUGCGAGGAAUGUACAGAUGGAAGCAAACUUCCAUCGUUUUGUUUCUGUGACAAGAAAGUUCACUGUGUCAACGAUAAAAAAUACGGAGGUCGAGCAGCCGAUGACUCUAAAAAGACUUGUAAUUGGUGUGCAGAUGUUUUUAACAAUCAACGUAAUCACCGAGGCAAUGCGAGUUGCUCAAGAGCCUCUCAAGCUCUGGUGAAAACUACCUGUGAACAUGGUGAAGGUUAUGAUGGAUUCAUGUGUAGUGUCAUAACAACACGUGUAUGCACUUUAACAGAUGAACUGAAAAAUCUAAAACCCUGCAUCAGGUCAAACUUAAAGGAAUGUUUCAUGAAAUCAAAACAAUCCGGAAAAUAUUACAAUUGUCAAAACUUCAUGGAUUCCAAUCUCAAAGAAAGAAGAAAAGACCUGAAAACGUGUAACCUGGAUGCUACCCCUUGAUAAAAGAAAGGUAGAACAAAAAACUAAGAUAGGCUUCAUCCCAGAAGUUAAAUUGAUCAGUUGCAAGGAAAAACAACUUUGUACUCUUGACCAGUGUUUAGUUGAUGGAUGAUAUCGUCCCUGAAUGUGUAUACCAAAGACAUACAGAGAUACAAUGAGUUCUGGAAGAGUGAGAACCAGAAGAAUAGCCAGUCACUUGUAGUAGCACAUUAAUCUCUGUAAUGUUUGGCAUCUUUAUUUAACUCAUAUACAAUUUGUAUACUUGAGUUUAAAAGUAUAAUCGGUAAUGAUAUACAUUCCAUCUAUGUCUGUGUGAUAGUUUUGUUUUUGAUAUCGGGACAGUGUAUAACUAUCAUUGGUCGACGGCUUCAGAUUAUCUUAACCAAUAAUACUUAUGUAAAAUGUAUCUGUACAGUUCCGAUAUGACAAGUGUUACACAUACAUGUAUGUGCCUCUAAAAUCAGUAUGUCCUCAUUAAAUCUAUGCAUUUAGCCUAACAUUGUUAUAUAACGUCUGAGACUAUCAACAGAAAUAUUAUUUAUCAACUUUUUGUUGGACAAGAGAUUUGAAAAGAUACCAUUUUUUAGAAUUCCUCCAUUAGAUAUAAUUGCUUACUGAAAUAAUGGUAAGACAAAGAUGUUAUAUAAUUCCCAAAUACCAAAUGGCGUAGAAAGUAUCAUCCACAUGUCACUAUACGACAUUCAACAAUGAGCAAAUUCCUAACCACAAAGCAAGAAAUAAAAUACCCCAACAUGUAUGUAAAAGAAUUCAAACGAGAAAAUUAACGACCUUCUUUAUGCAUAAAUCAUUCAUCGAAUAAAUGAAUAACAAAUAUGAUAAACCGCAACAAACGCCCGAUAAUUUACUCUAUAUUGACCUCGGACAGAGGCAAACACGCUUUCAGUUGUCCAACCCACCCCCUCCUAACCGUGGAUUAUGGUGUAACAGUAGAGUAUAAAAACAAACAAUGCAAACAAGUUAAAAAGGGCGUCCAUGACUUAAACAACUUUUCUUUGGUAUCUUUGAAAGAAUCUCGUAAAGGUUGAUAGUUAAUUGCGGUGAUUAAAUCAAUUACAAUUUACUAAUACAUUGAUUACGUUUAUUGAAAUAUCAUAUUUGUAUAUAAAUUUAUUGUAUUUUUUGUUGCAUUGACAGGUAUGUUCUUAUUAAAACUUUUUGCUAUACUUCCUCUGCGUUAUCAAGUUAUCAGUUACAAACUGAUAUAGAUGAUGUCUUAUAUAUUUGGUUUAACCAUGACAGUAAUUUUUUUUCCGUCCAGGAUAAUUAAACAUUUUAAUUUAAUCUCAGGUAACUAGAAUAAUUAAUUUGUAUAUGCACCGCUUUCAAACAAAUGUAUUGUUGUUAUUUAUGCAAUCUUUAUUUUCUAUUUCUAUUCUUUUUUUAUAUAUCUGUUAUUUGUAUGAUGCAAGGUUGAUAUCUAUGUAUAACGUGAUAAAUCUAUAUCUAUUUUUCCUAAUACCAUGCAAUGGCAUUUGUGUGUGUAUAUAAACAUUGAGAAUGGAAAUGUGGAUUGUUUAUUUUCAUAUACCAACGUC